UUCACUGUUUUUUUCUUUUUGGUCACAAAGUAGAAGUAGUGCAAUUGUUUUCUGUGAAGGGGAAGAACAAAGAGAGAGGGAGAGAGACCCUACCCACUUUGAUUGAUCCUCAACCUGGCAUCAUCAUCCAUUUGCACGAAGAUCGCAACCACACUCGACACAUCAAUCUCUCCGUAAGAGCUUCACUGUUCAGUCAUCAAUUCUUGUGUUUAAGGUCUCGGGUGCGGUUGCAUCAUAAUCCUCUAAAUUGCGGACAAAUGGUGCUGAUGCAGCUGCAAUUGCGGCCACGAUGCUGUUGCCGGGACUAGUAUUAUGGUGGCUACAAUUGUUGUUGCAGCUUACUAUUUAAAACUAUGGGUGGUAAUUUUGCUUUAGUAUGAUGGCAAGUUUUGUGCUAUCCGUUGCUGUAGUCAGGCUUGUUCUAAAACACAGGACACGGUCUCAUUGUUUCAUUUCCAAGUUUAUAUUCACAUAUUCUGAUGUUUGAAGAAAGGAGCUUGCUAUUAACUAGUUCAAAUACAAAUUUAGGAUGAAUAGUCCAACUAGUGUAAACAUUAUGGAGGAUAUUCAAUUGGAGAUCAAUUGGGACGAUGUUGCUUGUCCCAUAUGCUUGGAUUUUCCUCAUAACAGUGUGCUUCUUCAGUGUUCAUCUUGUGAUAAGGGUUGCCGUGCUUUUGUUUGUGACACAAAUCAAUUGCACUCAAAUUGUUUGGAUCGUUUUAAAAGUGCAAGUGGUAUGCCAUCAUCUUCGGUGUCUAAUGCAACUUCUGUUGGAAAUAUUGAACCUGUAGUAUCAGAGGGUAAAUGCGAUCUGACUUGCCCUUUAUGUAGAGGUGAGGUUUCUGGGUGGGUUGUUGUGGAUAAAGUUCGCAAGUAUCUUGAUGAGAAGAAGCGUUGUUGCGAUGAAGUGCGAUGUACGUUCAUGGGAAGUUACUUGGAGCUGCAAAAUCAUGCUCAACUUGAACACCCUAAUGCACGUCCAUCAAAAAUUGAUCCUGCCAGGCAGCUUGAUUGGGAGAAUUUUCAGCAAUCCUCCGAGAUCAUAGAUGUUUUAAGCACUAUUCAUUCAGAAAUCCCACGGGGAAUGGUUUUAGGAGAUUAUGUGAUUGAAUAUGGGGAUGAUGAUGCUAGGGAUGAGUUUGAUGACUUUCCUGGAGAUGAGGGCAACUGGUGGACCUCUUGUAUUUUGUAUCAGGUCUUCGACAACUUCAGAAGUUCUAGAAACAGAAGAAGGGCAAGAAAUGGUGAUACAAGAAGAGGCAAUCGUCGUUUGAGUUAUGAUACUUCAAAUUCUGAUGAAGGUUCUGUAGCGUCUGUGGAGAAUGCGGAUUAUAGGGUAGAUGAGACUGACGAUGAUUUUGUUAGCACAAGUAGCUCUUCAAGGGGUAGCAGUGGUUAUCGCAGAUACCGGAGACGCCAGUCCCGCUUUUAUGACAAUUAGGCAAUAUAUGAAAUGAAUGCACGAGGAACGCAAGGUAUGAGACAUGCGAAAAACAGUGGACAGCUUGUAUUCACCAUGCAAGUAUUACAUUUAAAUCAUCAGUUAUUUUGGCAAUGAGAUGUGCUGUUUGGGAGACUUUUGAAAUUCUUACUUAGUUUCUAUAAUGCCUAACUUCAAUCAAAUUUGCUUACCGAAUCUAAGCGAAGAAAGUAUGCUUGCCAUUAGAAGCUUGUUGAUGUCCUUAUGGGCAGUUAUAGUGAUUCUACUAGCAUUCUGCUGUUUAAUUAUGCCGUAAUAAAAAAAUUAAAAUCUUAUUUUCCUUGUACAUAUUAGCUAAUUGAUUGUGAUAUGUUAGCAUACCUUCAAGGCAUGUUUCUAUAUUCUUACAUUUGUAAGUGUAACUAUGUAGAUUUUACUAGUGGCUUUUGUUUGGAUUGAA